GCACAACUUUGUUGACACGCGAAACCGGAAGUGACGUUUCUACACAGCUCUACGGUGGCCGUUUUCACGCGCUGCUGUAAACCUGCUGCUUCUUUAUCAGAGAUAAAUGAAUUAACAGCAGAAACAAAGUCACAACAAACAGGUCAGGAUGAUCCGCAGGUCAAGGAUCAGUGUGCGGCCCAAUGUGAAGCCCACAGGUAGAGCUGCAGUGACGUCUCGAGAAGCUCCUCGAGGAAACGAGGCUCCUGCUGACCUCGGGGCCAAUGUGGAAGUCAAAGAUGGAGCUCAGGAGAACGUCACAGAUGUCACAGAGGCUGCUUCUACUGUUCUGGCUGCAGAAACUAAUGAUAACACAGAAAGCCAGCGCAGUGAUGUGAUAGGCCAAUCAGAUCUGAGCUCGAACACAGUGGAUGUGGCAGGCCAAAGUGUGUCCACCAGCUCUUUAUCCAUGAGGAGAAAGCGCUUUAAUGUGCUGCCCAACCUCAGCAAACCCAGAAGUACACCAUCCUCUACCCUCACCCCAUCUAAGCUCCGUAAAUCUCCUGCCAGGCCCGUAACUACCCCUGAAAUACCCUCUGCCUCCACCCAUAUUGCUGCUGUUGUUUCUGAAUCACCUGAUAAACAUGAACCAGCUCAGGAACCUGCACCAGAACUGCUUUCUGUCUCUAUCAAAUCAGUUAGACCUUCAGCUCCCAAACUGCCCCCUUCGUCCGUCCACAGCACUUCAAGGACCUCAAGAUUUCACACUGAAACCACAAAAUCUUCUCCUGAGAAAGUCUCAUGUACCCCAGAAUCUGCCCCAGAGCUCCCCCAUGCUCCACUUGCCCCAUCAGAAGGCAAAUCAAAACGGAGGAAACCCAAACCUGUAACUUCAGCUCGGGACAAAAAAGAGACAUUGUCAUGCAGAUCGGACAAAGCUGAGCCCCAGUCAGCCAAUCAGGAUGCAUCAGAAUCUUCUUGCCCCAGUAAAGAAGUUUGCUCACCUCUCUCUGCCUCGCUUUCUGAGUCACUGAACGAACCUGUUGUUCAGGAUGGAAGUGACCUCAGCUCUCCAGGGGAAAGUAAUAAACCACAGCAUGUCCCCCUGGCCCUGAGGACCCUGAACGACCCAGUGGACCGUCUCAGGUUAGCACGGGCCAAAAAACUCAGAGAGCUUCUCAAGAAAGAGAUGAAGAAAGAAAAAAAGCAUCAGAGAUCACAGACGGGAAUCAGCAAGAGUAAAAAAACAAAAGAUCACACCAAAAUGACCAUGAGAGAGCUCAUCUACUAUCUGCCCUCUACUAACCCAAUGAAGUCCCACACGGAGGACGAGCAGAGAGCCGAGACGGAUUUUCCUCCCUCCCCAAACGCGGCUCCAGCUGUCCAACCAGUGACAGACGAGAACACAGCGGAGGAAGAGGAGGAGCGAGAAGAAGAAGGGGAGGAGGAGGAAGAACCGAUGCUGGCUCCCAGAGUGAAGGUGGCGGAGGACGGAUCUCUCAUCAUAGACGAGGAAAGUUUAACUGUACGGGUGCAGAGGAUGAAGGGACCGAAUCCGGUGGAGGAGAGAGAUCCGAUAUUCGAGCGCGGUUCUACCACCACCUACUCCAGCUUUAGGAAAGGCACCUACACUAAACCCUGGUCCAACCGAGAGACAGACCUGUUUUUCUUGGCCAUCAGCAUGGUGGGGACAGACUUCUCCAUGAUCGGACAGCUGUUUCCUCAUCGAGCUCGGACAGAGAUUAAGAACAAGUUCAAAAAGGAGGAACGAGCAAACUCCUGGAGAAUAGACAAAGCGUUCAAAGAGAAACGUGGCUUAGACCUCGAUUUCUUCAGUAAGCUGCUGGCGCAGAUCCUGAAAAAUGACGAAGAGACACGCAAAAAAAAGAAACGCACCUCUGAGAUGUCCAAGCUUCCUCGCCGGAGACCAGAAGAGAGGAAGAGGAUCUAUUCUUCGGAUUCGGAGGAAGAGAGUUCGAGCGGUGACGCUAUGGACGGCGAAAAGGAAAACGAGAUCGCGCGUAACGAUGGAGGGAGCAGCGCUACUCCGAAAAGGAGGAGAACGGAAGCAUCACAGAAAAGAACAGAACAGGAAGCAGAGGAAGAGGACGAGAGAUUCUCCGACGAAGAGACGGCGCUCGUUAACGGGUCGGACCCGGUAGGAGAAGGGGAAGCCGAGAGCUUCGGCGCGAAACCGCCGCGGAGACGGAGGAACGGAGGUCCCGUGGUGCGGAGAAAAGCUCUGGACACACACACCUCCGUCAGGGAGGAGCACACAAAGGAGUCAGACACACAUGAUCCUUCAGCCUCCGUACCAGAGAAGACGAGACACGAUCCCGACGUCGUCUCCUGUGGGUUGCAGGACUCCGAGAACGAGGAGGAACCCGACGUGAGCGUCAUCCAAGAGCACAUCCUCAACAAGCCGACCAGGUCAGGCCGGAUCCCCAAACUGUCUCAGCAGAUGAUCCGUGCAGCAGCAGAUGAAGAGGAUAACGAGGAAGAGGAGCAGCUUCCAACUCUCCCUCUUACACCCGACGGUCGGACUCGAGGCUCUCGGGCUAAACGGGGCAGGUUCUGCCCCCAACGGCAGGGCAAAUCCAGACUGCUUACCUUACGUGCCUCGGUCGCUGAGGAUGAGGAUAACGUUGAGGAGGAAUACGGUACAAUCAGGAGGAAGAAAACUAUCCUAUGAACGCGGAGGAGGAAAACCAGGCCUUCGUGCCGAUGGGACUACGUUCUGUGAGAUCCGUGCAGUCUGAGGUGGAGGAAACCAUGGAGGAGUUGGACAUCUCAGUAAAUGUUCCCGACGUCCUGGGAAUUUCCCAGAAUGCCGUGUGCCCCGAAUCGUCCUGCGAGAGGGCGCUCGCCAGCAUGGGCUCGGUGCCCUGUGAGCAUCAGCUCGACCUGCUCGUU